AAUAUAACCUCAAAAAUCGCGUCAAACGUUGCAAUUGACGUUUAACGUCAGAAGAGAGAGGUAAGCCACAAGCACAGUACGAGAUGUACCAUGAAAAAGUAGUAGCGAAAGUUCCGGGCGCAAUUUUGCCGCCUCCGAUGCGAGAGAAACAAGGUUACAUCGAUGAUCUCUCCUCGAAGCAAAUAUUCGAAUUGGAGGAGCUCUUGGAGCGGCAAAACAAGCUGCUGAGAAACGAAAAGUUCGUGGCGAAACUGCCGGACAAGGGCGCGAGGAUAAUAAAUUUUCGGGAUAAAAUACAACGAGAAUUAAAGUCCAAGAAUGAUAUUGAGAGGGCGGGUGAUCUCUUCUCGAGGCUCAACAUCGCCUCCGAAGGCAAGGCAAAGAUGAACGAACUCGAAUGGACUGGAAAGUACACCGAGGAUCGAGGAACUAUAAAGGUCGUCCAGUUGGACAGCGACGACGAAGACGAUCCCCUGAAGAUACUCGCCCAGCCCACAGGGAGCGGCACGCACAAGAAAAAGGUGGUGCAUCUGCCGCCUGAGGAGAGUCUGAUUACACCGGAAGACUUUAAGGAGAUUGAAACUUUCGAUGACUCAGUCAGCCUUGAGCACGUUAAAUAUAUUCUGGGAGUAGUCGAAAGGCCCAGAGUUAAGGGUGAAAAGGAGAAGCACGAAUCGUUUAAACCGUACAAAACAACCAGAAGCAACGUUCACGAUCCUUCAAACGAACUCAAAAGGCGAAAGCAUCCGCACUGGGAAGUUACUGCCGCUACUCCACCCCCUUCGAUUCAUGGAACGGUCAAGGAAGUGAACAUAAUGGAAUCUCUAAACUUGCAGAAGAAACAGGCUGAAAAAUUCCAGGAAAUUCAAACACAAAACACAAUCAUGAAACUCGCUGAACAAUUUACUUCGCAAAUUGGCGAUUCGGCGCCGCGUAUGGUGGGAAAUCAUCGGUCAACGAUCUCGAACGGCAGCUCCUCGGAUUCCGAGGGCAAUGAUGAAGAAAACGAAGCGCGCGAUGAUGACGACGAUGACGACAAGGCCGGAACUGUUACUUACAUGAUCGAAAAUUAGCCAUUCAAUUGUGAUGUAUCAAUUUUGUAGAAAUAAAUGAAUGAAUAUAUUUUUG